CUCUCCAUCUCCCUAGGUGGAAGGAAUACUGAAGGAGAAACUGUGAAAUUUUCUGGUACAUUUUGAUUCAAAUCUUUCUUUCAGCUUGCAAACCUUACUCAUGACAUCUCCAUUCUGCAUCUUCAAUGGGGGAACCCGAGGCGAAGGAUGACUCAGGGAUGAGCAGCGAGGGUGAGAAGUUCCCAGAUGAGAUGGACAUGGACUUCGAUCAAAAUGGUAAUGUUGGUACUUCGAAGUUACCAAAUGUGGUGAAUAUGGACGUUGAUAAAAGUGGUGAAGUGGGUACCUCUGAAGCGCCGGAGUUGAGUGAAGAGCUUCUCAGCAAGUUCCGCAGAGAGGCUUCGAAGCUCUUUUUCAACGAGUACGGUCUCAUUGGUCACCAGAUAGACUCAUACAAUGACUUCGUUGAGCGUGGGAUUCAGAAAGUGUUUGACUCUGUGGGCGAGAUCACGGUAGAGCCUGGUUUCGAUCCCUCUAAAAAGGGUAAGGGUCAAGGAGACUGGAGAUAUGCAUCUGUAUCGUUUGGCGAAAUUACUUUUGAGAAGCCUAUGUUUUGGACCGCUGGAAGUGGGACUGAUGACAAUAAGCUGCUCAAGUUGAUGCCUUGGCAUGCUCGUCUCCAACACAUGAGCUAUUCAGGUCGCUUGAAAGUGAAGAUCAAAGUUCAGGUUUAUACUCAAAAGCUUAUGAAAAGCGACAAAUUCAAAACUGGUAUAGAGCAAUUUAUUGAAAAGGAUGUUCAAAGUGAAGAGGAAAGGGAUGUCGUGGUUGGCAGGAUCCCUGUGAUGGUGCGGUCCAAACGUUGUUGGCUUGAUGGGCUUGAUAAAAAUGAUUGCGAUUUUGACCAUGGAGGCUAUUUUUUGAUCAAAGGUGCAGAGAAGACGUUCAUUGCACAAGAACAGAUCUGCCUAAGGAGACUCUGGGUUUCUAGCAAACCGACCUGGACGGUUGCAUACCGUUCAGAUUUGAAGAGGAGAAGAGUAUAUAUGAAGCUCAUUGAACCAGCUAAACUAGAAGAGGCUCAUAAAGGGAAAAUUUUAAAUGUGUAUUUCUUGGUUGCUACAAUGCCUAUAUGGAUUUUGUUUUUUGCCCUCGGUAUUUCAUCAGAUAAAGAAAUUAUUGAUAUGAUUGAUCUGGACAUUAAUGAUGCUACCUUCAGAAAUAUACUUUUCUCUUCUAUAUUGGAUGCUGAUAAGGAAUGCAAUGAUUUUCGUAAAAAUGGAAAGGCUCUCAAAUAUGUGGAUGAACUUUUCAAGAAAGCAAAAUUUCCACCUAAGGAAUGCACAGAGGAUUGCUUCAAAGAUCACUUAUUUCCUGCUCUUACUGGCUUGAGACAAAAGGCCCUAUUUCUUGCUUAUAUGGUCAAGUGUCUUUUGCUGUCUUAUACUGGAAAAAGAAAAUGUGAGAACAGAGAUGAUUUUAGAAAUAAAAGAUUAGAGUUAUCUGGUGAUUUGCUUGAACGAGAGCUGAGAGUGCACAUAAAACAUGCUGAGAGGCGGAUGGUUAAAGCUUUGCAGAGAGAUCUUUAUGGAGACCGUAACUUGCACCCGAUUGAACAUUAUCUUGAUGCGUCAAUUAUUACUAAUGGCCUUUGUAGGGCAUUCUCGACUGGUGCAUGGUCACAUCCUUUCAAAAAUGAGAGAAUGUCUGGUGUAGUGGCGAAUCUUAGACGAACAAAUCCAUUGCAAAUGAUGGUAGAUUUGAGGAAGACACGGCAACAUGUUGGGUACACUGGACGGGUUGGAGAUGCUAGAUUUCCGCACCCUUCACACUGGGGAAGGUUGUGCUUUCUGUCUACCCCAGAUGGGGAAAACUGUGGGCUUGUAAAAAAUUUUGCUGUCACAGGACUUGUCAGCACAUAUUUGAUGGAACCUCUGGUGAACAAAUUGUUAGAUUGUGGUAUGGAAAAGCUGACUGAUAAUCAAUCUACUGCCUUUUUGAGUAGAAACGCUAAAGUUUUUCUGAAUGGUGAGUGGGUUGGAAGUUGUGAAGAUUGUCUGUCAUUUGUUGCGGACCUGAGGGCCAAGCGUCGGAUUAAGGAAAUCCCACCCCAGGUGGAGAUUAAAUGUGACCGGGCACAGGGUGAAGUCCGCAUAUUUUCUGAUCCUGGUAGAAUAUUAAGACCUCUCAUAAUUGUUGAGAAAUUAAGAAAGAUAAAAGAAUUUAAAGGAGGAGCAUACACCUUUCAGUCUCUUCUGGAUAAGGGUGUAAUAGAGCUUCUAGGAGUAGAAGAAGAAGAAGAUUGUCAGACUGCAUGGAGCAUUAAGGAUAUCUUGGGGGGUGACAAGGGUAAAAACUACACACAUUUGGAACUAGACCUUUCAUUCUUGAUGGGUUUGAGUUGUGGGCUUAUCCCUUUUGCAAAUCACAAUCAUGCUAGGAGGAUUCUGUAUGAGUCAGAGAAGCACUCUCAACAAGCAAUUGGGUUCUCGACAACUAACCCUUACAUCAGAGUGGAUACUCUAUCUCAUCAGUUGUACUACCCCCAGGUUCCUUUAUUCAGGACCAUGGUAUCUGAAUGCCUUGGAACAUCACAGUAUCCCCAAGGUCAGGGAGGAUUUAUUCCCAGACCUGAAUUUUAUAAUGGGCAGAAUGCUAUUGUGGCAGUUAAUGUUCAUCUGGGAUAUAAUCAAGAGGAUUCCUUGGUCAUGAAUCGGGCUUCUUUAGAGCGUGGAAUGUUCCGUACCGAACAUAUUCGAAGUUAUAAGGCUGAUGUUGACAACAAAGAGUUGUUGGCCACCAGAAGACAAAAGCCAAAGGAUAGAGUGGAAUUUGCCAAAAUACAGAGUAAAAUAGGGCGUGUUGAUAGCCUUGAUGAUGAUGGCUUCCCUCAUGUGGGAGCAAACUUGCAGACUGGUGACAUUGUCAUCGGUAGGUGUGCAGAAUCAGGGGCAGACCAUAGCAUCAAGCUGAAACACACAGAAAGAGGAACGGUUCAGAAAGUUAUCCUGUCGGCAAAUGAUGAUGGAAAGAACUUUGCGGUUGUUUCACUGAGACAGGUUAGAUCACCAUGUCUCGGGGACAAGUUUUCAAGCAUGCAUGGUCAGAAGGGUGUUGUUGGACUGUUGGAGUCUCAGGAGGAUUUCCCAUUUACGCUUCAAGGGAUAGUUCCAGAUAUCGUGAUAAAUCCUCAUGCAUUUCCAACGCGGCAAACUCUUGGCCAGCUGUUUGAGUCUGCUUUGGGGAAGGGUAUUGCUUGCGAUGGUUCAGUGAGAUAUGCCACCCCUUUCAGUACACCUUCGAUUGAUGAUGUUACGAAUCAGCUGCGCAGGGCCGGAUAUGAGAGGUGGGGAUCUGAGAAAUUUUGUAAUGGUCGAACUGGUGAGAUGAUGCAGUCCUUGAUCUUCGUCGGUCCUACAUUCUAUCAAAGAUUGAUCCAUAUGGCUGAAGAUAAAGUGAAGUUCAGGAACACAGGGCCAGUGCACCCACUCACUCGGCAGCCUGUAUCAGAUCGGAAGCGUUUUGGUGGGGUCAAAUUUGGUGAGAUGGAGCGCGACUGCCUCAUAGCCCAUGGUGCCUCAGCUAACUUGCAUGAACGCUUGUUCACUCUCAGUGAUUUCUCUCAGAUGCACAUUUGCCAGAAGUGCACCAACAUUGCAAAUGUUAUCCAGAGGUCAUUGCCUGGAGGCAGGAAGAUUCGAGGUCCAUAUUGCCGGUUUUGUGAGUCUGCUGAGAAUAUAGUGAAGGUUAAUGUGCCAUAUGGAGCUAAGUUGCUGUGCCAGGAGCUUUUCAGCAUGGGCAUAUCAGUCAAGUUUGACACCCAAGUCUGUUGAAACGAAGUUUCCUUUUAUCUUUUUCUCUCGGUAGGUUUUGUCCAAGAAACAAUCACUUGGAUCAACCUGCUUUUUGGAGCCCAUUCAAAAAGCGAUGUACAGCUCAUUACCCUUUCACUCCA